GGAGCGCCUCUCCAAGUUGUACAACCACGACGGACGUUUGUCCCGCAGUGAGGGUGAGCGCGGUGCCACUGCCCCGGAGGUUAAAUUCACGGCUUCCCCAGUGUACCGCAGUCGGGCCAUGCUCAAGGAUCCCGAGGAUGGCCGGUGUUAGGAAGUGUGGGGGAGUGAUGGGCAGCAGCCAUCAGGCCCUAAACACCUGGUGGAACAGGCCCGCGUAGCAACGCACCGGGUAAGCAGGCCCUGGUAGCUGCCGGCAGGAGAGCCUGUUCUGACUUUACCUCUCGAUACCAGUGAAGUACCUGCUGUCCACCACUUUCUUCAUUUAACUUCCCCUUGGGGUCAGCUGCUUGUCAGCAUGCCUUCAACCGAGAACACCUCCAGACUUUUGCUGGUCCUCGUGUCGCUGCUGCUGGUGCUGCCCGUAGUGGAAGCCCUGGACACAGGAGAUACCAUUGCCUUCCUGCUCGGCCUCGCUGUCAGUGUGGUCGGGUUCUGCGCCUGCCUUGGCUUGUAUGCAAGGAGAAGGAAUGGGCAGCAGUGACUUCAAGAAAAUGCUCAGAUGAAGUGAAUUUCUGAACACAGCUUGGGGUUGGGUGUCACUGAGAUUUGGUUCUGGAAAACUUUCCAAAAAAAUGUAGUAAAUGUUUCUGCAAACCCCUCUUACUGUUCAAUACAACAGAGUGAAGAUGGUACAAGGCUGUACAAGUAAAAAGGAUUUGUAUGAUCUGUUCUCAUUACAAAAAGAUAAUUUUAAAUUAUGAUUAACUAUUGCCUUAGAGAAGGGUAAAAACUGUUUGAAUGGGGAAGUAAAACUACAGAGAGGCUCACAGUAAGAGUUUAUAAAUUUAGCAUGUGAGGGAGGCCCUCAACAAGUUCCAUAAUUUUGGUUUCAAUAUUAAAUCAGGAGGAAGCAGCUAUUAAUCUUCCAGUCAAGAUGACAAGAGUUUUGAAAUUUGUCCUAACCAGCUAGCUAGCGAGCAGACUGCUCUAACUUGUGUGCUCACGCUCACAUUCUCUGUAAUGACAGUUAACACCUAACAGCUCACUUCUGCUGUCACAUGGAGAGACUUAAGAGAACUAAGGAAACAUGAAAGGCUUUUUUUUUUCCUUUUAGAAUAUUUUUAGAGUAUUUUUAUUUUAGAAUAUGCCACUCCUGUAGCCUGUAUUCUUAUUAUCAAGUAGAUAAUAAGAGUGAGAUCACCAUUUUUACUUAACAUGUAUUUCACAGAAAAGUACAUGUAAGGCUAUGUAAAUCAGAUUAGGAAUAUGGGCUUUGUCUCUUGUUUAUUUUUGUACUCAGCUUUUUUCUAGGCAAACCAGAUUUAAGGCUUAGUUCAUUUGGUGUUUGCACUUUUUUCUGCAAAACUGAAGACUUAACUAUUUUGAUGAGGAAUUCUGUGUAUUUCUGCAUUAGAAGGUUAUUAGAACUCUAACAAGACCAUUGUGCACACGUUUCUUUUACAAUGUAGAAAGAACUUGAUAAAAUUCUGGGUUUAAUCAAUUAGUCCAUUGUUCUUGUGGAUUCCUUGUGACAAACCUAUGUUGCUAGCUAAACAUUUAGGCUUCUCUAACUGAUACGUAUGACUUCCACAAAAGAUUAGGACCAAAACCAAAGUAAAAAAUCCUGGUGCAAAAUGGGAGGUGUAAAUAGUCUUAUUGUAUUCAUGUUCAGUCAGAUUAUGUGGUGUAUGGUUGAAAGACAGUAAUGUGUCUGUUUCUGUAAGUACCAAAGGUGAAAUGGCUCAGCCAAGAAUGUCUGACACAAGUCUCUCUGACUUGUUGGGGUGUUCCAGCUUGAGCCAAGAGCACACUCUGUAGCAGCAGCGGAAUAAGGAGCACAGGAGGAUGAGCUCUCCACAGCUCAAAGAAUUUCCUUCUGAUCUUGUGCUGUGGACACUGCCACUCUCUGCUAGAAAUCUUGGCUUUUAUCUUUCAGAGUUAUGUGUUUUGAUUUUUGUAUUCUUCCACUUCCUCUGUGCCUCUGUUCAGUAGAGCACAAAGCAAUGGCUAUGGGCAGGUCUUAUGUAAGUAAUUGGGUGGCAGAUCAUGUUCUCCAGAUCAUGAUUUCUGCAUGCCAUUUUUGGAAGAAAGGGACAGAAGGCACAAUUACUAUGUAGAAAUGAAAUGUACAGCCCUAAGAGGACCUUCAGACAGAAGUAUCACCUUUGAAAGCUGCUUAGCAGCAGUAAAUGAUCCUGUUCGUGAUAAUUCAACUGGGUGGGUGCAAGCACAGAUUGAAGUGUGAUCUUUGAUGUUCCAGCUUAGCUAAACAAAAAGAAAAAGAAAAACCAAAAAAAACUAAAAUAACCAAUAAAACCCCCCACAAAAUUGCUACUGAAUUCACUUUAGAGUUCCCAAAGUUAAAAAAUACUGCCAUUUUUUCAGUAAAAUAUUAGGUAUUGCUCUUUCAAUAGAAUACAUUUUAACACAAGCAGAUUUUCACGGACUCCUUUAUCUCUACCUUAGAAAACAUCCAUGGCAAUAGUUUCACAGAAUUGGGCUACAGUUUUUCACUGCAGGAGAACAAAAUUGUAACAGAGUUAAUUAUCCUCAGGCAAUAGGGAUAUGAGACAUUGUAUUAUUUGCCCAAAGCUGUAUGUACUUCACUGAAAGGUGUUUGCACAGCAUAAUGGCUUUGUUUCCUGGGUUCUGAUAGGAGCUUUAUUGUUAAAGACUUGCAUUUGUUAAUUACUUGAGUGUAAAAUCAGAUACCCCUGUUUUUCCUCUGUCUUAAUAAACUUUGAUGUAUGAUUUGUCAAAA